ACAACUCGAGGAAAAGGACCACCAUGGGAGCUGACGAUCUUCAGCGAAGAGCACUUGAUCAGCACCAGCGUCAUCCUAGGGUUGAUGAUCCUCUGCUGCAUCAUCGGCAACUGCUUCGUCAUCGCCGCCGUUAUCUUGGAGCGCUCGCUGCACAACGUGGCCAACUAUCUGAUCCUGUCGCUGGCCGUGGCGGACUUGAUGGUGGCGGUGCUGGUCAUGCCGCUGUCGGUGGUGUCCGAGAUCUCCGAGGUGUGGUUCCUGCACUCCGAGGUCUGCCACAUGUGGAUCUCCUUUGACGUCCUGUGCUGCACGGCCUCCAUCCUGCACCUGGUGGCCAUCGCCCUCGACCGCUACUGGGCCGUGACGUCACUGGACUACAUGCGUCGCCGCACGGCCCGCCGCAUCCUUGCUAUGAUUCUGGCGGUGUGGGUGGUGGCGCUCAGCAUCUCCAUCCCCCCACUCUUCGGCUGGCGCGACACGGCAAACGAUCCUGAAAAGACAGGCUUGUGCAUCAUCUCCCAGGACCACGGCUACACCAUCUUUUCCACCGUGGGAGCCUUCUACCUGCCCAUGUUCAUCAUGAUCUAUUACGCCAGAAUCUACACGGUGGCCCGAGCGCGCAUACGGAAGGAGAAAUUCCUCAAAAAUUACAAAAAUGGCGCCACGAAACACAAGAAGAACGGGACAAGUAAGAGCAAGAAGAAAAGCAAAGACAAGGAGAAGAAUAAUUCCGAUGUGUCGGGGGACAAUGACAGCGUGGAGGGUGGUGGUGGUGGCGGGAGUGGCAGGGGUUACACAAACGGCGGAGUGACGGAUGAUCCGAUGACCGUGGUGAUGGACAACAAAGCUGGCGGUGGUCAAGGGGACGGUGCACAGAGGCCGUGCUUGCCGUCCUCCCGGCACCGCGACAAGCUGGAGCAGAAAAGAGAACGCAAAGCUGCCCGGACACUGGCCAUCAUCACCAGUGCUUUCAUCAUCUGCUGGCUGCCCUUCUUCAUCCUCGCGCUGAUUGGUCCCUUUAUUAGAGACAAAGUGCAUAUUCCGCCCCUGGUGGACAGUAUCCUCCUCUGGUUAGGCUACGUCAACAGCCUUCUCAAUCCCAUAAUAUACACCAUCUUCAGCCCCGAGUUUAGAAGCGCCUUCCAAAAGAUUUUGUUUGGAAAGUACUCGAGGAAAGCGCGAGCGCGAUCUCGGUAGCGAUCUGUAUGGGAGUGCUGCCAAUCGUGGACUUGAUAUUUGAAAAUGCAAUCAAACUGAGAAAGACAUUGCUGUUUCCGACCGGAGAUUCCGUCUUUUGCCUGUUUCCGAUUUUUGUGUCUUGUUUGAGAGAAAGGAGCAAAACAGAACCACCCCCAUUGUAUUCACAUCAGGACAAGCUCUGCUUGUUCAGAAAACUGCAAGUCUUGGGGAAGCUCUUAGAGAAAUCACCAAUUCCUUUGAGAAAUUAUCUAUCAGACAUGUAUGUCUGAAUGCAAAAAACACAGUCAACGUUCACUGGCAUUCAGCAACAUAUAAAACAUUCUGAACAAUACCUUGCCUAUCAACGUAUAUAACUGUAUUAUCAAUGUAUGUAUUUUGUUGAUUAUGCUGGCCUGUAUAAACGCUUGAUACAGAUUCUUGUGAUAGCCGUCAAGCUUUUAAAUAACAACUUUGUCUAGCAUUCAUGUCAAGCCCUGUAUUUAGCUUUCAAGUCAACAUUAUUAAACAGAGUGAAAGGCUUCAAAUAAUACCUGACUGUGGCACCAUCAAAAAGGGCAUUUAAUACUGCUGAGAGUUAAUUUACUUGCAAUCUAAUGGUUAAACGACAAUUGGAGAAACAUUUUAUAGAGAUCCGAAAGUUGAUUGCUUCCAUAUUUUCCUUUAUUGUUGAGAUUAAUAGCUUACACGCAGCUUUUUAGGGAUUGAGAAAUGCUAUGAAAACAAAAGUAAGGCAGACACAAAAAAAACAAUUAGACCAUAAUCUUUAGUGUGUGACGAAGUCAGGAGAGAUAAAACAUACUGUGGUUUAUACAUAGCAGCGACAGACAUACUGAGGUGAUUAAAGCUGGACGAGUGAAGGCGAAAACAUCAACAAAAGAUUCCCACCUUCUGUUCUGCUUGAAACGUGAUUGAGGAAAGAUGUCCUUUCGCUUCAAAUUAUAAACUACCUAACAUGGUCUAUGACAUCAAUGAUUGAAAUUUAUUGAAAGCAGUCGUUCUUUUAGUUCUGAAAUCAAACGGAAGACUGCUUGUAGUCAACUUUAUUACACUAUGUGAUGAAAGUAGUCUGAGCUGCGAUAAAAAAUUUGCGACGUUAAACAAUGUCUUGACGACCUGAUGUGAGAAAAAGUCAACUAAUCUCCGACAAGCCAUCGAGAACAUCAGUAAAAGUCACACGCACGUCCAUGAGCAACCGAUACCUUGAUAUCGAUGAUUGAUAACCAAGCCCUCGAUACCUUGACCUUUUGCUACGUGUUCUCUGGAAUUCAACUGAAAAUUGGGGAAACUCAGCAAAGAACCGAGUCGUUCUGUCUGACUUCAUCCAGAAAGUCUUCAAAGCCAACAGGAAUCGGACAGAUGUCUGUCCCGUUCGUGUCUUCUAUGUCACAUUCCACAUGAAAUAGGAAAACAAGAAAAGAACGUUCUUUUAUGUUAUCGUUUUAUGAGAGUUUAGAGUUAACUCCCUUUCUACCUUUAAAAAAAAUCAAAUGGUGCCUGAAAAUCCAGAACUCUUGGUAUGAUGGUUUAGAUAAUUGGUCCACGUGAUAGAGCGUUUGCUGAGCUUCCCGCGGCUAACAGCUUGUUGGAGGAGAAACCUUUUCUCCGCCAUGGUUGUCGUCGUUGCGGGAGAUGUGUGGAGGGUCCGCCAGCUCACCUGACUGACGGUGUCUCGUUGCUGAGGUGAUCGCAUGGGCCAGCAGCAGGCUGCUUCCUGUCUGACGCCGAGAGAGACAAAGGAGUCCCGUUACACAAGAGCCUCGUCAUUUGUAUCGGAAGUUUCAAAAUGAAGGAACGCGCUUUUUUUUUUUUUUUUUUUUUGUAGAUGAAGGUUGUGUUCUCCUUUAAUUACCUGCUUUCAUGAAUAUCGAUUCUCGAUGACACUGUGCAUUUCACGGGCGUCCUGCAUCGUCUGGAUGCGGACAUACUUCUCAAUGUGUUCUAGAAAGCGACUACUGCGAGCAAACACACGAUGACAGUCAUUGUGUUGGUGGAUUUUCAAGAUGGUGGAAAUCUAUAUAUUGCUUUACCUGCUCACAUCACGGUGAACUGUUGCCAUUUCUCUCAAGUUGAAUGCAUUAUAUAUAUACUGCAGUCGUGUCAAGCAAUCUUUAUAUUUGUAUCUUGUUUAUUUUCAUUAGAGCAACAUUACACAAGGCUGAGGUUUUGAAGACACCAUUGUGAAUUGGGCCUAUGCAUCAGUACUAUAUUGCUGGUUUGCUGCUCCUUGUUUUGGUCGCAAAACACUUCUUUUACCCAGUGUAGGUCUGCGUGUACGCGUAAAAUAUAAAGCUCAUUCUGGAACGCCACUUUCAUUUUACAUAAAUAGAAAUUGCAGGAAAGACAACAUAUUUAAGUUUUGAUGAAACAGUUUUCGUAAGACCAAAAUGUACCAAUGUAUUCAUCCUAUUAGGUUUAUUGAUAAGUAAGUAAUGGUGUUAAUAAACCAAGUUAGGCUUAAAUAAGAAAAAUAUGAAAGAAAAUUGUCUUUGCUGAAUGUUUUAUGACUGUUCACGCUACCCAACACUGUGAUAAAACACAAAAAAAUAACAUUUGAUAAAAGCCCCUUUCUGUCUGUUAGCAGUGUUAGCUACACUCGUACAAUCUGUAUUUAGUGGAUUAUUUUUGACAGGCUGGCACCGUGUUUCAGCAAUGAUGUUGUCCACACAAAAAUGCUCAGCCAUUUUGUGUAUUUAAGCUCUGUGAGAUGCGUUGGUUGUAUCUGGAAUUUUUCUUCUGCUAGGAUGCAAAUAAACAUCCAUUAAACAUU